AAUAUGUUUAGUGCACCUAUGAAAUGUUGAAACAAUGGAAAACAAGUGUUUAUAAAGAACCAUUCUUUUUUGUCACUGCAGCUUGUUCAAUACCAAUGGAAAAUCCUGAGAUUUCAUAUUCAUCAGGAGAUGUUCCUGGACCAGGCAAACCAUGGUCUCCAAAUAGUGAUGACAACUCCCCAUUCAUAGAAGUAAAAAUACCUCCAGGAAGUACAUUUGUCGGCGUAAUAACCGAGGGUAAUCCAGAGCAACCUCAGUGGGUUUCAAAAUAUGAAAUUUCAUACACCACCGAUGGAGUUCACUGGGUGGUAAUUGACAAGGUAUUUGAAGGCAAUCAUGACAGCACCACGGAACAAACCAACUACGUGGUACCUUCAAUCCCAGAUGUUAUAGCCAUACGCAUCAUACCCGUAGAAUGGAUUGAUCAUGGAGAUAAGCAUACAGAUGAAUCAUAUGAAAAAAUAAGCAUAAUUGUAACAGUUCUGCUAGAUUGCAAAGCUUCAUCAACAACUGAAACAACAACAACGCCCACUCCCACCCCUACAGUGCCAACAACAAGCAUUCAAACCACAACACCUUGUUCAAUACCAAUGGAAAAUCCUGAGAUUUCAUAUUCAUCAGGAGAUGUUCCUGGACCAGGCAAACCAUGGUCUCCAAAUAGUGAUGACAACUCCCCAUUCAUAGAAGUAAAAAUACCUCCAGGAAGUACAUUUGUCGGCGUAAUAACCGAGGGUAAUCCAGAGCAACCUCAGUGGGUUUCAAAAUAUGAAAUUUCAUACACCACCGAUGGAGUGCACUGGGUGGUAAUUGACAAGGUAUUUGAAGGCAAUCAUGACAGCACCACGGAACAAACCAACUACGUGGUACCUUCAAUCCCAGAUGUUAUAGCCAUACGCAUCAUACCCGUAGAAUGGAUUGAUCAUGGAGAUAAGCAUACAGAUGAAUCAUAUGAAAAAAUAAGCAUAAUUGUAACAGUUCUGCUAGAUUGCAAAGCGUCAUCAACAACUGAAACAACAACAACGCCCACUCCCACCCCUACAGUGCCAACAACAAGCAUUCAAACCACAACACCUUGUUCAAUACCAAUGGAAAAUCCUGAGAUUUCAUAUUCAUCAGGAGAUGUUCCUGGACCAGGCAAACCAUGGUCUCCAAAUAGUGAUGACAACUCCCCAUUCAUAGAAGUAAAAAUACCUCCAGGAAGUACAUUUGUCGGCGUAAUAACCGAGGGUAAUCCAGAGCAACCUCAGUGGGUUUCAAAAUAUGAAAUUUCAUACACCACCGAUGGAGUUCACUGGGUGGUAAUUGACAAGGUAUUUGAAGGCAAUCAUGACAGCACCACGGAACAAACCAACUACGUGGUACCUUCAAUCCCAGAUGUUAUAGCCAUACGCAUCAUACCCGUAGAAUGGAUUGAUCAUGGAGAUAAGCAUACAGAUGAAUCAUAUGAAAAAAUAAGCAUAAUUGUAACAGUUCUGCUAGAUUGCAAAGCUUCAUCAACAACCGAAACAACAACAACGCCCACUCCCACCCCUACAGUGCCAACAACAAGCAUUCAAACCACAACACCUUGUUCAAUACCAAUGGAAAAUCCUGAGAUUUCAUAUUCAUCAGGAGAUGUUCCUGGACCAGGCAAACCAUGGUCUCCAAGUAGCGAUGACAACUCCCCAUUCAUAGAAGUAAAAAUACCUCCAGGAAGUACAUUUGUCGGCGUAAUAACCGAGGGUAAUCCAGAGCAACCUCAGUGGGUUUCAAAAUAUAAUAUUUCUUACACCACCGAUGGAGUUCACUGGGUGGUAAUUGACAAGGUAUUUGAAGGCAAUCAUGACAGCACCACGGAACACACCAACUACGUGGUACCUUCAAUCCCAGAUGCUGUUGCCAUACGCAUCAUACCAGUAGAAUGGAUUGAUCAUGGAGUUACGUAUACAAAUGAAUCAUAUGAAAAAAUAAGCAUAAUUGUAACAGUUCUGCUAGAUUGCAAAGCUUCAUCAACAACUGAAACAACAACACCGACCACAACAAGCAUUCAAACCACAACACCUUGCUAUUACAUAAUGCCUAUCCCAAAGAUAAAAUACUCUUCCUCAAGUGAUGAGCAAACAUCAGCAAAUUCAGCAAGUUCUGAGGUGGACUCUCAUGAAUCCUGGACCCCAAACAAACAUGACAGCAACCCAUACUUACAAUUCGAGUUCACUCCAGGGAAUACAGUUAUUGGUAUACAAAUCAAGGGCAAGGAAGAAAAGAACGAGUGGGUUACAAAAUUCACAAUUUCCUACAGUGUUGAUGGAAUUGUAUGGAUUCCGCUAAACAAGAUAUUUGAUGGCAACUCUAAGGAACACAAGGAAACCAUAAUCUUUUUCGACCAAUCUAUCCCCUCCAAUGCUGCUUAUGUCCGUGUUUAUCCUAUUGAAUAUCAUGGGCACAUCAGCUUACUUGCUCAACUUCUACAAGACUGUCAGCACAAGACAACAACUGAAGCACCAACAACGCCCACUCCCACCCCUACAGUGAAAACAACAACAACCACAACACCAACAACAACACCGACAACAACAAGCAUUCAAACCACAACACGUAAGGCCAUAUAA